AUGGGAUCUUCUUCUGCAACUUUAAGGAGCAAUGUUUUCCUUCCAACUGACAAAGAACGCAUUUGCCAGAUUAAGUUUUAUUAUUGGAUCAGUCAAAUGAAUGGAACGUUGAUGGUGGGGCUUCAAAAGCACUCUGAGGAUGCCAUCAAAAACAUCUGGCAAGAUUCGGCAGAACAGCAAAAUCAGUGGAAAGCAAAUAUGAUCGCAAUCAAUAGCACUGAAAAGUUUGAGGUUAUUUUUUGGGGGAUGGUAGAGAAGCAGGGACGAGAUGAAACCAUUGCCAUUGACGAUGUUUCUUUCAGUGAAGGAUGCUUUCCAGAAUUUGCACAGCAGGCUUCCAGUUUUGAGCUUGACAUGUGUGAGUGGAAUUCAGAUCAAGCAGCUGUGCCCACUUCAUGGGCGCAUCUGCAAGCAGGGCACAAGCUUGCCUCCCUUUCCUCUCUGAAAGACCGAAGCAACGAUGCUGAAGGCCAUUUUGUGUGGGUAGAAGCUAAUGACAACACAUUAUACAAAAGUGCUUAUCUUAACAGCUCUAUGUGUCAUUGCUUCGGCAAGAAUUGCCAUUUUCAAUUUCAUUACUCCAUGGCAGAAGGCAGCUUUCUCAAGGCAGUGCUGUAUACUAAUCAGGAAGAACGUAUUUUGUGGGAAACCAGCAUAAUGACUAAGAAGGAAUGGGUCAAAGUGGAUGUACAGAUACCAGAAGAGCUGGAAAAAUUAAAGCUUACGUUUAAAGGAGCAGUUCAGAGCAGAGAAGGUUUUAUCUGUCUGAAUAACAUCCAGCUCAUGGACACUACGCCACCAGAGCCACCAGGUUUCUGCUCCUCAGAAGAAUUCAGCUGCGCCGACGGCCAGGCUAUCAAACGAGGAUCAGCCUGUGACUCCCACCCAGACUGUUGUGAUGGAAGUGAUGAGGCUCCAGCAGCUUGCUCUAAUUAUACUAUGUGUAAUUUUGAAACUGACUUUUGUGGAUGGAAGCCACUAAGUACCGCUGAUGCUCAGUGGAAUAUAAUGAAAGGACAGGCUCCCCUUGACGCAAGACUCCGUGACCAGGAUCAUACAACUAAUACUGAACAUGGAGCAUUCAUCUACUUUGAUGGAUCACAACGGAGGAACACCGAGAUAGCCAUGUCUCACUUGGGGAGUCCUUUCCUCAUCAAGCUGUCCCCUGGACUUUCCUGUUGUCAGGUAAGAUUUUGGUAUCAGUUAUCCCAGGACUCCCAGCUUUCUCUCUUGAGGACAACUGCCCUGGGUGGAGGUUUGGAAAAACUGUGUGACAUUUCAGGAUUGCCUGAGAUGCAGUGGACAAAAGCCAGUAUACCUGUAGAAACUGUAGUUGAGGACUUACCUUUUCAGAUCAUUUUACGAGCUACAAUUCUAUCAAAAAAUGCUACAGUUGCUGUUGAUGAUAUCAGUGUAACAGAGGAAUGUGCAGUUAUGAAUAAACCACUUUCAAGUAUCAGCCAAGAAAGCAAAGGGGAAACAGAGUUUGCAGGCACUAAUUCUUCAUCUUUUUACUGUCCACCGGGACUUAUUUCAUGUGGGAAUGGAGAAUGUAUUUCAUCUGACAAAUUUUGUGAUUUUACGUCUGAUUGUUCAAAUAGCUAUGAUGAAGCCACCUGCCCUGCUGUAUGUGACUUUGAAACAAACAACUGUGGUUGGCUUGAAACUGUAAAUGAAGACGAAUUUGACUGGAUAAGAAAUUCCAGUAGUGCUCUUCCACCUGCUUUUCAGACGCAAGCUCCUCAGCAGGAUCACACCUACAACAGGUCUGAAGGUCAUUUUAUGUUCAUUCUGAAAAACAGUAGCAACAUUGCACAAGUUGCUCAGCUUCGAAGCCCAAGGUUCAGCCAAACUGGAUCAAGUUGCACAGUGUCUUUCUGGUAUUACAAUUAUGGACAGUCAGUUGGAGCAGCAGAGAUGCAAUUGCUUGUGGAUGGGCUGAAAGAGCCUACUGUGCUUUGGAGGAUAUAUUACAACCAGGGAAAUCAAUGGUUGAAGGCAUUCAUUCAGCUUGGACGGCUUCCACAUCCUUUCCAAUUAUCGCUUGAUAAAAUAAGUUUAGGUUUUUAUGAUGGCAUCUCAGCAAUUGAUGAUAUUAUGUUUGAAAAUUGUGCUCUUCCACCUCCAGCAAUAAGCUGUGAGGGUCCUGGCCAUUUCUGGUGCAGAGACACAAAAGCAUGUAUUGAUAGUUUAUUGGUGUGUGAUCUCGUGGAUAACUGCGGGGAUGGAUCAGAUGAAGACAACUGUAACCCUGACCUACAGUGCAACUUUGAAAAUGGGCUGUGCAAUUGGGAGCAGGACGUAGAGGAUGACUUUGACUGGAUCAGAAAACAGGGUCCCACCCCCACGUUUAAUACAGGCCCGUUAAAGGAUCACACAACAGGCACGGUCAAGGGACACUACCUCUACAUGGAAUCCUCAGGACCUUAUGUAUUCCAAAAUAAAGCAGUUUUGCUUAGUCCUGUCUUCAACCCCUAUGGCAACGAAACCUGCAUUUUCCGCUUUCAUUAUCAUAUGUUUGGAAAGCAAGUUUAUAAGCUGUCAGUCUUCCAGAGAACUGUGAGUAACACCAGAGGACAGCUGCUGUGGUACAAGUUUGGAGAUCAAGGCAACAGAUGGAUAAGACAGACACUCCACAUCAACAGCUCCAAACCGUUUCAGAUCUUGGUGGAAGGUACUGUAGGAGAUGGUUUCACUGGCGACAUUGGAAUUGAUGACUUGUCCUUUUUAUCAUGUACUCUUUACAAUGGAAACUUGCCAGCAAUCUCUACAACUCCAUUAGGAACUUCAGUUCCUGCCACGCUGCCCAUGAACAACUGCACAGAGGAGGAGUUUGUCUGUAGAGACUCUGGCAAUUGCAUCCAGAUGAUCCAGAAGUGUGAUUUUAGGCCUGACUGCUCUGAUAAGUCUGAUGAGUCAGGUUGUGCUAUGCAAUUCUGCAAUUUUGAAGAUAAAACCCUGUGCGGAUGGUAUCAGCCAGCCUUAGAAGAGGCAUCAGGAACUGAUUCCAUCCACUCCACAAAUACAUUCAAGUGGGGACUUGGAAGAGGAGCAAACCUCUUCCCUGGGCAAGAAAAACACAGCCCAUCAACUGAUCAUACUACGUUUACUGAAGAAGGCUGGUAUCUCUUUGCAGACAGCUCGAAUGGAGAAUUUGGUCAGAUUGCCGACAUUGCUACCCCAGUCAUCUCCCUUACUGGGCCCAAAUGCAAAAUGGUAUUCUGGAACCAUAUGACCGGUGCAACAGUAGGUUCUCUGCAGGUAUUCAGUAAAACUGGUAACAUGACUUCUAAACUGUGGACUCAGAGUGGCAGCCAAGGUACACAGUGGAACAGAGCAGAAGUGUUCUUAGGCGUUCGUUCAAGUUUUCAGGUUGUUUUCAGGGCAAUACGUGGUGUCAGUUACAUGGGAGAUGUGGCAGUGGAUGAUAUUACCUUUGAAGAUUGUUCCCCUUUGCUCAUCCCAGACAGACCUUGCACAUUAGAUGAAUUCACCUGUGCCAACAAGUACUGCACCCCAAAGGAUAACCUGUGUGAUUUUGUAAAUGACUGCGCAGAUAACUCAGAUGAGAGCCCUAACAUUUGCAGCACAUCUAUUGGGCGCUGUGAUUUUGAGUUCGAUCUUUGUGACUGGAAGCAGGAUGAAAAUGAUGACUUUAACUGGAACCUCAGAACUAGCAGUACUCCAAAAAUGGGCACUGGACCAGCUGGUGAUCAUACCUUGCAAGAGUCAUCUGGACACUACAUUUUUAUAAAGAGUUCAUUUCUUCAGUUGCCAGGACAGAAAGCCAGGAUUUCUAGUCCUGUGCUAAGCAGGAGGAGUAAAAACUGCAAGAUACUUUUCUAUUACUAUAUGUAUGGAGUUCAUAUUGGAUCAUUGAUCGUCUACCAGAGGACUAUAGCAGAAAAAGAAAAAAUCCUCCUAAGUCUCACAGGAAACCAGGGAAAUUUCUGGCAGGGCAAGGCAUUGACCCUGGAUGGAGAUGAAGAUUUCCAAGUUAUCUUUGAAGGGACAGUUGGAAAAGGUCCCACAGGUAACAUAGCACUUGAUGACCUCACCUUAUCCAGGGAGUGCUUACCAUCCCAGGAGUUUUUACCAGCAGAGCCCACAGCAUUGCCUACUGCAGGCCCCUGCUCACAUGGCUAUUGGGAAUGUCAGAACGGCAAGUGUUACAGACCAGAACAAAGCUGCGAUUUUGUAGACGACUGUGGGGAUAAUACGGAUGAGAAUGAAUGCGGAACUUCCUGCACCUUUGAGAAAGGCAGAUGUGGCUGGCAAAAUUCCCUGGCAGACAACUUCGAAUGGGUGCUAGGGGUCGGCUCGCCUCAAAGUCUUAGACCCCCCAGGGAUCACACGCUUGGAAAUAGAACUGGACAAUUCCUGUAUCUUGAGGCUACUCCAAUAGGCCUAGAAAAUGAAAAAGCCCAUGUGCAGAGUUCCAGGUGGAGGGAGUCAAGCAAGACUUGUGUGAUGAGCUUCUGGUACUUCAUUUCAUCAAAAGCCACAGGACAUAUUCAAGUUCUCAUUAAGACUGAUGACGGAAUGGUGAAAAUAUGGAGUGACUCAGAAAGUCAUGGUGAAGAAUGGAAGAAAGCUGAGUUACACCUGGGGAAGCUGAGGAACUUUGAAGUUCUUUUUGAAGGCAUUCGCACCAGAGACCUAGGAGGAGGAGCGGCAAUAGAUGACAUAGAGUUCAAGAACUGCACCACAAUUGGAGAGAAUCCAAGGCAAUGCCCUGCACUCAGUGAUUUUGUGUGUUGGAACAAGAAUUGCAUAGAGUCUCAGUUUGUCUGUGACUAUAAACCAGACUGUGAAGACCUGUCAGAUGAAGCUGACUGCAGUUACUAUACAAGUAUUCCUGGAAGCUGCAACUUUGAAUCACAAGAUCAAGAGUGGACCACUCUGUGUGGAUUAACACAGGAGUCUAGUGAUGAUUUUGACUGGAAUAUUAGCAACAGUGCUGUCACUGGACAAACAGGUCCUGAUGCUGACCAUACACCAGGUAAAGGACAGCAUUUUUUGUAUGCAAACUCAUCUGCCCAGAAGGAAGGAAACAGAGCAAGGAUAAUUACUACCAAAUUCUUCCCUCCCAGCCUUGGGCUCUGUAGAGUUCGGUUCUGGUUCUGGCUGUUUGCUUCUAGGCAAACAGGAGUCUUAAAGGUAUACACAGUUGAAGAACACGGAAUGGAAAUUCUUAUGUGGUCUUCUAGUAGAAAUGAAGAAAACAAGUGGAUGUAUGCAAAUGUGGUCCUCUCCAGCAACAGCCCUUUCAGAGUUGCAUUUGAAGCUGAAGUGGGGUGGAGCGAAUCUACGGAAUUUGCUCUUGAUGAUAUUUCUUUCACCCCAGAAUGUGUUAAUGGAGGACCAGCUGAUCCCUACCCUCCAACUUGCAGUAGUGACCAGUUCACAUGUGCAUACGUGCAGCAGUGUUUGCCCCUCACUGCAAAAUGUAAUGAGGCUGAAGACUGUGCAGAUGGAAGUGAUGAAAUGAACUGUCUCACAAAGAUCCCUACCAGUAUGUCUCCGGGAUCCUGCAAACAAACAGAGAUCCUGUGUCCUUCCAAAGGGUGCAUCCCAUCCCUCCUGAAAUGUGAUGGUGUGCCUGACUGCCAGCUGGAUGAAGAUGAAGUCGACUGCCCCAUGAAAGAUUGUUCCAAUGGUUCCUUGUUGUGUGUGACAACUAAGCAAUGUAUUCCAGUCUCCCAGCGUUGUGAUGGUAUUGUAGACUGUGCUGAUUUCAGUCCUGAUGAAUCCAGCUGUUCAGAUUGUCCUGAAGACUACUGCAAAAAUGGUGGAACCUGUGUCAUCAGAGAUGCUGUUCCUUUAUGCCAAUGUGGAAAAGAAUGGAAAGGAAAUCGUUGCCACCUAAGCGCUAAGCCUCUUCAACAUCCAGCUCCCAGUCUCCUUUCAAAUGAUAUUUGGAUUGGGCUGGGUGUCGGUUUCUUGCUGAUUGAAAUUACAGUCGCUGCCUUCUGUUUCCUUUUGAAGAAGAAAGUGCCAGAAACGAACCUGGAAGAAAAUCCUAAUACUUCAUUUGCCAAUCCUUUGUACAAAGACCUUAGUCCAUCUGGGAGCUUAAAGCCUCAUGGGUCUGCUGCUUCACCUGUUGUUCAAAUCAGUGUUUCUCCAUGGCACGAGAAUCUUUCUAAUAAAGAUGUGAAUGCUACUUCUUUUCCAAAUCCUCUCUAUGGUGAGGCAGCAGAAGACCUGGAGAAACUAUGCCGUUUCAUGAAAACAGACAUAAAACAGGAUUAAUAUUGCAAUUAAUAUUGUUAUUCUUUGCCUGAAGAUUUUUUCUAAACUCUGAAAAUAUGUCAUGAUAUUGUCGCAUUUGCAAAAUGAAUGAACAUGGAAUAACUCUUCUAGUAGAAUAAGUGUGCACAGAAUGUAACAUUGCA